CUCUCUUUUUCGGUCUCAGCUUUCUUCUUCCUCCAUUCAUGCUAGUCCUUUUUUUUUAAGGGUUAUGAAGAAACUGAUGCGGAGACUGUCACCAGUUAGGGUGACUCACUCGACCCAAUACUCAAUGCUUCGAUCUCAGCCUCCUGAUCCGGCCACCAAGCAAAGAUCGGACGUACCGCAUGGGCAUUUCCCGGUUUACGCGGGGAUUAAUCAGACGUCGACGCGGAGAUUCAUCGUCAGUGCAGAGAUGCUCCGGCACCCGAUCUUCGUGGAGUUGCUCAACAGAUCAGCCCAAGAGUACGGAUACGAGCAAAGGGGAGUGUUGAGGAUCCCCAUUAACGACGUUGUCUUCGAACGUGUUCUUGAAUCUCUCAGGCAAGGCCAAGAACCUUCAAGUCUGGAUGAACUGAUCUAGUUAUUGAAAAGAAGAAUGUUUCUUUUUUUCACUUCUUUUCACCAUUGUUCUUGUCGGAGAGAUAUCUUCUUGUCGUUUGUAUAUAUUUAUGAUGUGAUGAAAGCAUAAUAGGUUUUGUUGCUGUAAAAUACCAGUUGUUUGAAAAAAAAACCCAGCAAAAUGAA